GCGGGGACUUGUCAGUUCACAAGCGCGCGGAGUUUAUUCGCGUAUAGACGCGGUUUUGAGAAUUUCUUUCCGUCUGCACACACUGGCAAAUUUAUCUCCAAUUACCAAUCUAUUACAGCGGAAAUGGAUAAAUUACCUGCUAUGAACAUCAGCGCCGGGAACAGUUCAGUAGAUAGACGCUCAUUUCUGGAGAGAAGUGGAUAUCAGCACCUGGAGCACGGAGAUCUGAGGGUUUUGAUUCCAGUGGUGCUGGGAGUCAUCUGCGUCCUGGGUUUCACCGGGAAUGUAACGGCUAUGGGAGUCCUGAUCACCAACGCGCGUAAAAGUAAGCUGUCGUUGAUCAACGCGCUCAUCCUCAACCUCAUGCUAGCUGAUGGUCUGGUCCUGGCAUUUGCUGUUCCCUUCAAAGCCACUGCUUAUUCCCGUGCCAGCUGGACCCUGGGAUUGUUUGUCUGUAAGACCUGUGACUGGUUCUUGCACUCCUGUAUGGCUGCAAAGAGCUUUACCGUGGCCAUAAUGGCAAACGCUUGCUACAGGUACGUCAGUAACCCCACCAAGCAUGUGAGCAUCCGUUUGAAGACUAUCCUGGUGGUCCUGCUCUUUACUUGGCUCUUGGCUUGCGUGGUCCCCAUUCCCCAGUGGCUUUUCUCCACCCUCCAAAGAGAAGCAAAUGGAAUGAUUUGUGUUCAGACAGUGCCAGUCGAUGCCCACGAUUUCAUGUCCGUGUAUGUCAAGGCGUACCCUCUUCUGGCCUACUGCACACCUUUGAGUUUUGCCCUACUUUAUUUCUGGAAGGCGUAUAGACGAUGCCAGCGCAGGUCCAGCAAGACCCAGAACCUGCGGACGCAGAUCCGAUCCCGCAAACUCACCCUGAUGCUGUUCAGCCUGACAGUGGCCAUGGCCACCAUGUGGCUUCCGCAAUGGGUGUCCUGGGUUUGGAUGCGGCACGCGCUAGACACCGAUGGUGCCUUCCCUCCGGUCCUCUUCACUCUCUCCGCCCAGCUCCUCAUGUUCUCCAUCUCUCUAGUCAACCCUCUCAUCAUUCUCGCCCUCUCUGAGGAGUUCAGGGAGGGCUACAUUGGCUUGUGGCGAAGGCUCACCCUCCGCAAACAACUGCCAAAACAACACAAGCCAGGACCACACACCCCGACUGCCCCAAAGUCACCCACCCCGAGACCAGAAACAUCAGCCCACCUCCCUCCACACCGGCCUGGGCAAACAGAGGAGCAAAAGCCUGAGAAGCAACCGGACCAGAGUGGAGGACAGCAGGAGAGCCCGACCAACAAAGAUGGAAUAGUACUGCAAGAUGUAGAGCAGUUCUGGCAGGAGAGGGAGACUGGCCCCCAGUCACACGAAAAUGAUCCUGUGCCCUGGGAACAUUAGCAUCCCAAGGAAGGAAAACUGUAAGAAAGUCCACCAAGACAAUAAAAAUGCCGAAAAGCUGUGGAUGGCGUUCUCCUGCCUAUGGUAUUGUUCAAAAUAGAUGUUGAAAUCUUACUUUUACUGAUAUCUGCAGUUUACCCCUUUUUAUUAUGAGAGUAUUUACACAAUA